UGUGCAUGUCACAGCCAUAUUUGACUUUAACUAAUACAUUUCUGUUUUCAAUAAUAUCAUUAAAUGAAAAUUAAGAGAGAGAAGAAAAAAAACACGUUCUUCUUCUUCCUUCCUUUCUCUUUUGGUGUAUAGUUGAUAGCAAAAGCAUCCACCUUUCACCUAACCCACGUUUCCAUUCCUUGAUUCCUUUCUUCGCUGUUUUUCUCUCUCUCUAGCUUCUCGCUCUGCUUGGCGUGUGCCUCUUGCAAGUUCUGAAAGCCUAAAUUCGAAGCGAAACAAUGGAUUUCUCUUCAAGAGACAUAAAUGAGGACUCUAUUCUUAGGUGCCCAUUCUUGAGGAACAUCAAUGAACCUACUAACUUCUCAUUUUCUUCUCCUUUGGCUUUCUCCAUGCCUGUGCGUGAAGCUAAAGGUCCAAUUUUUGAAGAUGGUCCCAAUUUUGAUUUGGCGUUUAGGCUUUUCCAUGGAAGUGAUGGUGUCGUCCCCCUAUCUGAGAGAUCUUUUCGACGUACAGAGAAAGUGAAGCCUGAGGCUCCCUCAUCCCAAUUCAAUCCUUUGGCUGCAAAGGCUGCUACCAUUAGUCUGUCAUCAUUUGGAUUUUGUGGGGCUUUUGGUUUUGAUGCAUUUUCUGAGAAAUGGAACAACCAGAAAAGAAAAUCCAAAUCAUCAAAAAAUGAGCCUUCUUCACAGGAUGGUUCACACCAUGAGGCAACAGGCAACGAUUGGCUGCAAAAUGGUAAUUGUCCAAUUGCAAAGUCAUACCGAGCAGUUAGUAACGUCCUCCCACUUGUCGCAAAGGUCGUACAACUUCCUCCAGGGAUGAAAUACAAGUGCCCGCCAGCAGUAGUUGCUGCUCGGGCAGCUCUAGCACGCACUGCAUUUGCAAAGAACCUUCGCCCUCAGUCCCUACCCACGAAAGUUCUUGCAAUUGGGAUGCUUGGAAUGGCUGCUAAUGUUCCCUUGGGUGUAUGGAGAGAGCAUACAAAGAAAUUUUCACCCUCAUGGUUUGCUGCCGUCCAUGCAGCCGUUCCAUUCAUAGCAAUGCUAAGGAAGUCUGUCCUGAUGCCCAAAUCGGCUAUGGCGUUUACUAUUGCAGCAUCUGUGUUGGGCCAAGUGAUUGGAUCAAGGGCAGAGAGGUACAGGUUGAAGGCAGUCGCUGCAAGAAAAGUAUCUAUACCAGAUACCUCUGAUGUCGCAUCUACUUCUGCCUCAGCUUCAGCUUCGGAUUUGGCUUCGGCUUUGGACAAGUUACAGAUUGUUAAAACAAAAGAGAGGCACUGUGGUGAAACAAUGGAUUGGAAUGCAGUGUCUCUUCAGCUUGCUGGACCAUCAUCAACUGAUGUAUUUUGUUGAUGAUUAAUUUGUUAUCUGAGUUCUGCCUUGCAGUUCUCUUUGUUAUCUGAGUGUGUAUUUUUUGUUACCCUUCAUUCUGUGCUUCCAUCUUGACUAUGAAUGCCAUAGUUGGCAGAUAAGAAAAAUAAAAGUAUUGACAUGUUUUGUCAUUUAUAGUGUCUCUAUUUGCUUUUGUGCCCAAUUUGGAGCAUUCCAAGGCAUAAAUAUUAAACAUAAUGCAACUACAGAACUUAUUGUGUA